GGAUGUAGAAUUAAUGAUAACAGACAUGGAAGAGAAUUUUAAUUUUAAAUACUUAGGUUUGUAGAACUGAUUUCGGAGCAGAUGGCCCACAAUCCGCCAUUAGAUUCGGGUAUUCUCAGAAGAAACCCCCAAGACGACUUCGAGCUUAUUCAACGCGUCGGGAGUGGCACCUAUGGAGAUGUUUACAAGGCAAGAAAUUUCAGUACUGGGGAGAUGGCAGCCAUCAAAGUUAUUAAACUGGAGCCAGGAGAUGACUUUGCCAUCAUACAACAGGAAAUUGUCAUGAUGAAGGACUGCAAACAUCCAAAUAUUGUGGCUUAUUUUGGAAGCUACUUGAGAAGAGAUAAAUUAUGGAUUGCUAUGGAGUACUGUGGAGGUGGCUCUAUGCAGGAUAUUUACCACGUAACGGGGCCUUUGGCAGAGCCACAGAUAGCUUUCAUUUGUCGAGAAACGCUAAAAGGUUUAAUGUAUCUACACAACAGAGGGAAAAUGCAUCGUGACAUAAAGGGUGCCAAUAUUUUGUUAACAGAUGAAGGGGACAUAAAGUUAGCUGACUUUGGUGUCUCGGCACAAAUAACUCAAACAAUGUGCAAAAGGAAAUCAUUUAUUGGGACGCCUUACUGGAUGGCCCCUGAGGUGGCAGCAGUUGAGAGGAAGGGAGGAUAUAAUCAGCAGUGUGAUAUAUGGGCAGUGGGAAUCACUGCUAUAGAGUUUGCCGAAUUACAGCCCCCAAUGUUUGAUCUUCAUCCAAUGAGGGCUUUAUUUUUGAUGUCCAAAAGUGGAUUCAAGCCACCACAGUUAAAGGACAAAAAUAAAUGGUCUCAGAUAUUCCAACAUUUUAUCAAAGUGGCACUCACAAAAAACCCCAAGAAGAGGCCCACAGCUGAUAAACUUUUAGAGCAUCCAUUUGUACAAAGUGAAUUCUUGAGUCGUAAUUCAACCCGGGAACUUCUAGACAAGGCUCGCAACCCUUCAGCUGGGGAUUUUGAUUUCACAGAGGAUGACGAUGGGGUUUUACAAAAUGCUCCUAGGAGAAUUUCAUCACAGAACUCAUCACAAAGCAGUAAUGCACGCAACAGCUUGGAGUUCCAAGUGAAUAACAUCCCAACAGAUCAUGAUGGGGACUUUAAAACAGCCAGCUCCUAUCUGGACGAUCCUGUAUCUGAAAUGGGCCUGUUGGAUUCUGUGAAUGAGGAGCUCAUUCAGAGGGGUCAUGAGAGCCAAACAUCAACCCCAGUGGAGGAUAUCCCGUUGUCAGAACAAUCAACUCUACAAAUUAAGCCACCUCCAAGAUUGCCAAAGCCAUUACCUGAGCUGCCGAAAGAUGAGAGGCCUGAGGACAGUGGUAGUCCCCGAUUUGAAGACAAUGGGCCAGACUUAGAUGCCAUUUUAGAUCGAGAACUGACUCUAGUACCUGGAUCUAGGCCACCCCAGAAGUCCGAGGACAAGCCACCAGAACUACCGCCAAAACUCAGCAGACGUCAGAAUGGUGUGCUGGACCUUGGGAGUGGAGGUGGUGGUAAUGUGACAGAGGAACCUCCACCUAUGGUACCUCGCAGAAAAGACAGAACCAGUAUGAAUCUUCUAAGUUAUGAGCUGAAUAAACCAGACAGGCCAGUCAGUAAUGGGCUCCCACCCACCCCUAAAGUCCAUAUGGGAGCUUGCUUUUCUAAAGUGUUCAAUGGCUGUCCAUUGCAAAUCAACUGUACAGCUAGCUGGGUACAUCCAGACACAAGAGAUCAGCAUAUACUAAUUGGUGCCAAUGAGGGGUUGUAUACUCUGAACCUCAAUGAGAUACAUGAAUCCAGUCUGGAACUGCUUCAUGCAAGGAGGUGUAUGUGGGUGUAUGUGAUAAAAGAUGUUCUCAUGACUCUAUCAGGGAAAACAACCUGUCUGUUUAGACACGACCUGAAAAUGCUUCACGGCAAGCAAGCAAAUAGACUGUCUCUCCCUAUGAACAAGAUUCCAGAGAAAUUAAUUCCAAGGAAGUUUAACCACACUACAAAAGUUCCUGACACAAAAGGGUGCACUCGCUGUUGUGUGGGGAGGAACCCUUAUAAUGGAUACCGGUACCUGUGUGGUGCCUUACCACACGGCAUUAUCCUCAUGCAGUGGUACGACCCUCUCAAUAAGUUCAUGCUUCUCAAGACUUUUGACUUAGACAGUAUGCCACCUCAGCCCUCGGUGUUUGAGAUGUUUAUUUCCCCUGAAUUAGAGUACCCCAUGGUCUGUAUGGGGGUCCGACAAAGCUCAACAGAAAUCAACCAGUUAAAGUUUGACAUCAUGAACCUUAAUUCCAGCUCCUUAUGGUUUACUGAGCAAAAUGACAAUGAGGAGCUGCUUCCAGUGGUGAAUGUUACACAAUUGGAGAAAGAGACCAUUCUAGUCUGUUAUGAUAGGUAUGUGAAGGUAGUGAAUAUUAAGGGAAAAUUAAAAUCGAGUAAAAAGCAGUCCUCAGAACUUCACUUUGACUUCAAGGUGGAAUCUUUAGUGUGUUUACAAGAUAGUGUUUUAGCAUUUCAUAAACAUGGAAUGCAAGGUCGAAGCUUUAAAGCCAAUGAAGUUACGCAAGAAAUAUGUGAUAGAACCCGAAAUUUCCGGUUACUGGGCUCAGACAGAGUCAUUCUUCUUGAAAGUAGGCCAACAGACAGUCCCAGUGCUGAAUCUAAUCUCUACGUCCUAGCUGGCCAUGAAAACAAUUUCUGAUUUAAAUGACUGUUUUAUGGUGAUGAUACUUGCUGAUCAAGAAGCUUCAUUUCCAGAUGGGAAAUUUGCUGCAUCUACUACUUGUAAAUUCCAUUUGAGACCAUAGAAAAUCAAAUUCAGAAUGACCCAGAAUCAUUCAAAUUCCUUUUAAUGUUUGCUCACAUGACCAUCAGGGUUGAUUAUAUUAUUUUCACAAUUUUCACAACGCAACCCUUGUUUAACCAGCAAGCUCCAAAAAGUAUUCAUCAAUUCUAACAGAAUACAGCUUGAAAUACAUGUUCCAAUCUACAUUUCUCAUAUCCUAGUGUACCGGGUACUUAUUGUACAGUUUAUCACUUGGUUUAAUCUGUGAUCUUUUCCUUCUGUAAACAUUGUACAUUUAUAUAAUAUUUUUAUUUCAGAUUUUUUUUAUAUAUAUUUCAUGCACUCUGUCUAGUGUUUAACAAAUAAGAAAAGAGAUUUUUUUUUGAAAGCACACAUCUCAAAACUGCUAAUAAAUUAUUUGUAAAACCAUACAGCAUAAAGUCAUUAGCUUAGAUUUAUUUACUGGACUGUUUUACCUAUUUGGGAAUGUCAUUGAGUCCUGUAAAUAUUUGGAAUAUAUCAAAUUAUGUACUGAGGUCUAUCAAUAGACUUAAGAUUCUGUAUAUAUUGAAAUAUACUUGUCAACUAUUGUCUUUAACAGUAUUAUAACUAAAUUAUUGUAAUUUCAAUUUUGAAAUCCACAUUCUGAACACAUGAACUGUUUUCUGGUGUUUGAUAUGGAAUUAUUCAUCCUCUCCUAUCUUUUUAAUGUAAUAUUUUUAGACAUGAAUCUUUGAGAGUGAAAAGAUAGAGGAAUUAUUUUUGUUCCAUAUGAUUUGAUCAAAGCUAUUUUUUUGUGAGAUGUGUUUUAAUAUUGGCAAAAAAAAUGUUGACUUUUGUAAUCUCUUUGCAAACAAGUCAGUUUUAUUAAGUAAAAAUUUAGGUGCCAAAUUUAUUAUAUAACACCUUGGUAUACUCACUUUGUGAAGUUAUGAAUAAUUUAAAUGGGCAUUACCCAAACACUUGAAAAUUGUGCAGUAAUGCAUUAUUUUGAAUAUGUUCUCACUUAUAGUCAUGCAGUUUGAUGGAAUUUUUAAAAAAAAAAUUCAUUGCAUGGUAAACUAUAUGAGCGUGAGUGUUUCUCCAAAUGUUAGGCAAAAAUUCUUAGCAAAAUAUGCUGUCAUGGACUCUAUUUAUAGAACAUCACACUGAAAUAUAUAUGUGAAUCAUCAUAUCUAACUGUAAAUACAUGUAAAAUCAGCAACAUUACUAUACUUGGAAGUAUUCUAAUGAACCAGAAUUAAUUUUUGUCAUAAGCCAUGCCAGUUAACCAUAUUAGUUACUAAUCCCCAAGGCCAGUGAAAUGAUGCACAUUCCUGGAGACAAGCAGGUGAAGUGUAAGCUUACAUUUAUACUGUGAUCUGACAAUACUUAGAAAUUGCACUGAAAUUUUGAAAAAUAAGUGUUUUUGUUUGUAAUAUGAUUACACAAUUUCUACAAAAAUGUUUUUAUUUAUGGAGAUGGAUGUUUUCAAGAUGAGGAAAUUUAGGGAUCUGUUUGAUCAUGAAGUUGAUAGAUAUUUUUAACAAAAUGCUUGUACAUGCACAAUGAACAUCUAUAAUAACUGAAGUCAAA